AUGUCCUUCAAUAUGUCAAACGGUGUCUCUCGCGGUAGCUUUAGAGGAUACGACAGUCAGAAUGAUUACGGGUCGAAUAUGUCGUACCAGGAGGAAUAUAAGCCGCAGAUCUAUCGCGCGGUCUACUCCAAUGUUUCUGUUUAUGAGCUGGAAGUCAAUGGAGUUGCGGUUAUGAAGCGUCGGUCCGAUUCCUGGCUGAAUGCCACUCAGAUCCUCAAGGUAGCUGGUGUGGCCAAAGCUCGACGAACAAAAACUCUGGAAAAGGAAAUUGCGGCCGGCGAGCACGAGAAGGUUCAAGGUGGAUAUGGAAAAUACCAAGGGACAUGGGUGAACUACCAAAGGGGUGUGGAGUUAUGCCGAGAGUACAACGUCGAAGAUAUGCUGCGGCCCUUGCUCGAGUACGAUAUGGGCCCCGACGGCCCCGGCGCCCCUUCACAAGGAACACUAGACACGCCCACCAAAGAACAGGCCAUGGCUGCACAGCGGAAACGAAUGUAUAAUGGCGCGGAGAACCGAAGCAUGUCGCAGCCACAGCAGGGAACAUUCUUCCAGAACAUCUCACGCACAGCCGCAACAGCUGUCAACGCGAUCAGUAAAGCCCGAUUCGAUUCUCCAGGCACCAAUAGCCGUCGCCCCAGCGUGAUUCGCAAGCCUUCGCAAUCCCAAUCCCAAUCACAGUCGCAAUCACAGUCGCAGUCGCAGUCACAACAGAUGAGCAGUCAAGAGUCCGGUAUGGCCUUCAGCAGUCAACAGAGCAUGUAUAUGUCCGAUAGCGGAUUCAGCAGUCUACAAAAUCGUUACCACGCACAUGAUGACAACGAUGACUUCAUUGAGCCCCCUCGCAAACGUGUUCGCUCUGAAUCGCAUCAUGGUUUGCAGUCGAUCGGCUUACAUCGAGAACCAUCCAACCUAUCCAUGCAUGAACCCACCCCGACCGAGCCUAAUGACUCCUUCUACCAAGACAUGGACUUUGCGCCCCCACCGCCCAUUGAUGAUGGCCAGAAGCGUGGUGCCGAAUCUAUGGCCCCUGCUUCGGAUCCGGAAGGCUUCCAGAAGCAAAGGCUGAUCAUGACUCUUUUCCUUGACAAACGUAUCAAGGACUUUUCCAAUCACCCUGCCUUGAUGCAGCUGAGCGGUGAAGAUCUUGAGAUCCCACUUGACGAAUAUCGAAACAAUGCUCUUCACUGGGCCGCAAUGCUGGCGCGCAUGCCACUGGUAAACGCGCUUGUAGCGAAAGGUGCAAGUGUUUCUCGAGUGAAUCUGGCGGGUGAAACUGCUUUACAGAAGUCAGUGGGAACUCGCAACAACUUAGAUUACCGAAGUUUCCCCCGUUUAUUACAAGUACUCGCACCGACAAUCGAUAUGGUCGAUUACAGCGGACGAACGAUUCUGCACCACAUUGCCGUCAUGGCGGCGACUGGUGGCGGCGGUCAUGUCUCUGCCAAACACUAUCUUGAGUCUUUGCUGGAGUUCAUAGUUCGGCAUGGGGGAAUCAUCGCACCUACUAAUGGUGUACAAAAUGGGACUUCUGGCAACGAUGUCAUUUCUCUGGGCCGGUUUAUUUCUGAGAUUGUGAAUCUCCGCGAUGACCAAGGUGAUACCGCUUUGAACCUGGCAGGUCGUGCACGCUCCGUAUUAGUUCCACAGCUUCUCGAAGUCGGCGCUGAUCCUCAUAUUCCUAAUCAUACCGGGUUGCGACCUGCAGAUUAUGGAGUUGGCGUUGAUAUGGUCGAUGGAAACUCACAAUCACAAAAGGGAGAUACUUUUAUUGACCAAUUAUCCAAAUCCAAAAAAGAAAUUCUCGAAGCGGCAAUGUCACAAAUCAGCACAAUGGUCGAGGAGGCACUCGGAGGUAUUGACCGAGAUCUGGCUGCAAGCUUGAGCCAAAAACAAGAGAAGUUCGAUCACUGGCACUCCAAGAUUCGCGAGUCUGCCAAGGCUCGCCAGAUAGAGCAAAAACAACUGGAUGGAUUGAAACUGAAAUCGUCUAACCGGGUGGAAGUCGACCGGCGUAUCAAAAACCUGGAGCGGUCUUCCGAGGGCUUGUUGGCUUCGUUGAAGGGUACACAGGGCUUUGACCCUUCACGAAUCGUCGUUGUUGGCAACGCCGACAAGGAUUGUGGAGUGGAUCUUGACGCUUUUGAUCAAGUUUUCGCAGAUAGCUUUGAUGCCUCUUCUGGGUUUUCUAAGGAGCAAAUUGCCUUCCUGGCAAAUCUCUCAUCAUCAGAUGUACUCGAGCACCGACUGAAAUGCUACGGGGGUUUCAACGCUGGGCUCACAGCGGAAGUUGAUGGUCUCAAGGCAAAGAAUGCUGUCUUGGGCCAGAACUACCGUCGCAUGGUGAUGGCGUGUACUGGGUGGAGUGCGGAGAAAGUGGAUGAAGCGGCGGAGGGAUUGACACAAUGUGUCAAGGAGUUGAACGACAACCCCGUCCCAGAGGAUGAGGCAAUUGAGAUCCUGAUGCGGGAUCGCGGACAGGACUGGUAA